AUGGCGGAGUGCCCCUCGCGCAUCCAAGAAAACACGGAGAGACACCGGCCACAGCGUGCUCAAGACAGCGGCGACCGCUAUCGAUCACAACGUGCAAACGUCGCUCAAGAAGAAGACUCGGGCGACUACCUCUUUUCGAUCGGUGAAACGACAUCUGCGAAAUCGAGCGACAUCUGGCUGGUCGACUCCGGGGCGACGCAGCACAUGACGUGCUCCAAGAAGUUCAUGCGGAACUACAAGGGGUUUGACGCUGUGGAUGUCCAUCUCGCGGAUGAUGGAAUCGUCCAAGCAAUCGGCAGUGGGGACAUUGUCAUGUCGAUGAAGACACCCCAAGGGAUGAAGAAAGGUGUGCUCACAAACGUGUGGCACAUCCCAAAGUUAUCCAGAAACCUGUUCUCGGUCGGCCGCUUCACCAAGGAUGUCGGCCCAGUGACGUUCACGAAGGAUGGGUGCUAUGGAGAAGCGAAAGGGACCAAGUGGAAAAUUGGUGCCCGUGAAGGUAAAGGACUGUUCAAGCUGCAAAUGACUCCAGUGGCGCCGGAACAAGCAAAUGCAGCCAAGUCGUCGGGAUGUCAAGGGGGCACCAAGUCGUACCUCUGGCACCUUCGGCUUGGCCACAUAGGUCACGAUGGACUCAAUUGCAUCGUGACGAAGAACAUUGGAAUUGGCAUCGUGUUGACGGUCAUCGGUUUUCUACCAGUAUUGGUAACCGUGACCGAUCCAAUCCGAACCGCCUGUUCAGCUUAG